AAUCGCUAGAUUGUACAAACAAUUGACCAUAUUUGUUUAUUAGACUCCUAAGAGCGAUUUGAUCAACAUCUUUUCUCUAGUAUUAAAUAUUUUUACACAAUAUAUAUAUUGGUCAGUUAUAUCACAGCCAACAGUGUGUAUCUUACCUUUAAUCAUGAUUAGUCAAGUUAAAAUUACAACUUUAGGAAUUAUCUUAGUGUCCAUUAUCCAAAUUUGGCUUCCAAAUGUAGCAGGUCAUAAGAUACAUUUAUCAGAUGGUACACUUAAAUUAAUCAUUCGUAGUUAUGUAAACGAUUUACUUACAAAAUAUCAGCCAGAUCCAAAUCUGCGAUCCCAUCUUCAUAAAAUGAGCUCUCAUGUUGUUAAUCAUCCUGCAUUGUAUCAAAAACGUUUGUAUAUUGGAUCUGAGCCUCCAACACAUGAUCCAGAAAUAGAAGAUGAUCAAUCAUCAAUGAUGGUGAUGAAACGAAAAGUACCUAAAGAAGAAACUCCAACCGAACAGUUUCCAUCUGAAGAAAUAUGUCCGACUAAUAGACAAUGGGAACAAAUCAACAAGACUCAUGAUUUAUAUGAUAAUGAAGUUGAAGUUAUUCAAGAAGAAGGAAUGACUCAAUUUAUUUAUACAUAUCGGUGUUCAUCUAAUAAAGCCUCAUCGUGUGUUGGUAUAUCGCCAUUGUACAAUAGUGAAUGUACAGAGCGUAAUGGAUGGGUUUACAUGUUGCACAAGAAGCCUGGUGAUGAAGCACCUCAAUGGGGUUAUGUUGCCGCUCCACAUCAUUGUGCUUGUAAAAUACAACCCAAACUGGAAGUAACUGUACCAUCAAGUGAACGUUGAAGUCUUUAAUCAUUGAAUCAAUUGUUCCAACUCAGUCUUGCUUCGAUUCAUCAUCAUUCUCAAAUAUAUUUGAUUCAAUUCAUCUGAAUGAUGCUGAAUGAUCAUACAUCUGAACUAUACAU